AUGGACCUAAAACUUAAAAAUCCUGAGUUCUGGUACAGUCUCCAUGGCCUGGUCCCAGGGCUUAUGGAUUGGGACAUGGGGAAUGAGUUAUUUCUGCCUUGUACCACAGACCAGAGACCCUUAGCUGAGCAGAACCUUGCCAAAUACAGACUCCGAGUAAUGGAGCCUCCGAAGGUCCCUCAGGAGAAGAGACCCAGUCCUGAUGAAGAUGGGCCUCACUCUGAACCUAACCUGUGGAUGUGGGUGAACCCUAACAUUGUGUGCCCCAUCAGCAGCCAGGAGACCCCAAAGGCCUGUGGAAAAAAAGAUCUGACAAGCAUGCCUCCUUCUCCUCGGCUACCUCUGAAGGAUGAAGAGUCUAACUGCUCAGAGGCCACAGUGGUAGAGUCCCUGCCAUCUUCCUCUAGUGAGCAGUCUCCUUUACAGAAGCAGUUCCUCUCUUCCCCUAGUGACUGGGAACUCACAGAAGAGGAGACUGAAGAACAAGAAGACCGUUCUUCUGUGGCCCUCCAGCCUUCUAACAAAAAGGAGUGUUUUAAGAGCCAGAAGCUGUGGCAAGCAAAUGGCCAGGAGAGGUCCUGGCCACAGCCUCCUCUCAAUUACAGCCACUUGAUUGCCCUAGCAUUAAAAAAUAGCUCCCCUUGUGGCCUCAAUGUGCAAGAGAUCUACAAUUUCACCCGACAGCAUUUCCCCUUUUUCUGGACAGCUCCAGAUGGCUGGAAGAACACUAUUCGCCAUAACCUUUGCUUCCUGGGCAGUUUCGAAAAGACACCAGUAAGCCUUCAUGAUGAGACCAGUGCAAGACCUCGCUCUUGCCUCUGGAGGCUCACUGAGGAGGGACACCGUCACUUUCAGGAGGAGACUCGUUCCUUAGCCUCCGCUAGGAGGGAGAGUAUCCAACAGUGCAUGAGCCAACCGGAGGUGAUGACCUCCCUUUUUGACCUUUGA